AUGGCUUCUGCUAAUUUACCCUCAGCGUUCAUUUCAACCUUACCAAGAUUUCCUAUUAAUUUCAACGGUUUGAUCAUACAUAGUGAUGGGCGAUACGAAAGACCUAUCCGGAAUGAUACCAGUCCAGCUGGAACUGAUACCUUAACCGGUGUCCACUCAAAAGACGUUGUUAUCUCACACGAAUCCAAAGUUUUUGUAAGGCUUUACAUUCCUAAAACCAUAAACCCUAAUCGGAAACUUCCAACUCUUGUUUACUAUCAUGGGGGUGCUUUCGUGUCUGACUCCGCUGCUUCAUCCACUUACCACAAGACACUUAACUUGAUAACGACAGAAUCUAACGUGAUUGUUGUGUCAGUAAACUACAGGUUAGCACCAGAAUAUCCUAUACCAAUUGCAUACGAGGAUUCAUGGGAGGCAAUUAAGUGGGUGGCUAGUCAUGUUAGAGGAAAUGGUCAAGAAUCAUGGUUAAACGACCAUGCUGAUCUUCAGAAUGUGUUCUUAGCUGGAGAUAGUGCUGGAGCUAACAUCGCCCACAAUAUGGCUAUCCGGGUCGGGUUGAGCGGCCAUGAGAAUGUUUUUAACGUAAGUGGUGUUAUUAUGGUUCACCCUUAUUUUGGUGGUGAAGAUCCGAUUGGAGCUGAGUCCACGAAAUUUAAACGGGCGAAGGAGAACAUGGAUAAGCUGUGGCUGUUGGCAAACCCAUCAGGGAAUGGGUCAGAUGACCCGCUGUUUAAUCCAGGCAUGGACCCGAAUAUUUCUGCUUUUGGGAGCUCCAAGAUACUUGUGUGUGUUGCUGAGAAUGAUAUAGUAAGGGAAAGGGGUCUGAAUUAUAAGAAGGUGAUGGAGGCGAGUGGGUGGAAAGGCAAUGUGGAGUUGAUGGAGAGCAAAGGGGAGAAGCAUAUCUUCUUUUUGUUUGAUACUUCAUGUGAAAAUUCUUGUUUAUUACGUAGUAGAAUUUGUAACUUUAUAAACCCGAUCCGAAGCAAAGCUUGA